CGAACAUCGUCGCUGACGAGGCUACGGCGAAGACGGCCACCAGGUAGAAAUUCGCGCGCGAUACCGGUGAGAGGGUCGAACGAUUAUUCGUUUUCGGGGUUUAGAAGUGCAUGGAUAGUAAUUUUUUGUCCACAUACAGUCGAUCAUAUCUGGAUAACGGUAUGACCACGACUAGGGGUUCCAACGUGUCUGUGCUGCACCUUCGCAGCACAUCAGAACCAUGGGAAACCACUCCCUCGCCAGCCUACCAACAGACAUCGACACCCUCUGCCAGAAGCUAUCUCAUCAACCGAAGCUCCAACAUCCCACCUCUAACCAAACACCAAUCUUUAGGCAGUACCAACACCAGAGAUUACAAAUGGCAAAACUCUCCCAGCUUCCAUUCAGGUGGUGAAGUGAACUCUCCAGAUAUGUUCGUCGGAGCAGGUAACUGCAACAGGGAGUUAUCUCCUGUGAGGUGGUGUGACAGGGAAGUGGAUGGGGUAUAUUUGAAUAAAUCAGGAUGGGUGCAAGUGCAGCAGAGGUCCUUAGACGAGAGCAAGAGGUUCAGUUAUACCGGUAAACAGUCCUCUCUGCAAGCGAAAAGAUCGCAAGUGAAGCUCUCAGACUACCAUUUCAACAGCGAACCAUCAUCCGCGUACGUGAGUGACAGACCGGCUUACCUUUCCUUGCAAUCUAGAGACUACGACCGCAAGGCUGCUUCACCUUCGCCACCACAUGAAUCUUUUUCUUCGCCUUCGGUGACUCCUAUAAUUUCUCCACCACCAGCGUUCCAAGAUAAAAACAGGAGCUUCAGCAAGACGCGAACGUUCUUCGGUAAAACCCCUUUUCUACCACGGUCGGAUGCGAUAGUGGAUAGUGAUGCCAGUCCACCGCCUUCACCGCAAUGGAAGUCGAGCGUACAGAGCUCGCAAAUUCGUAAACCUAAAGUUACCACACCGUCUCCCAUAACCGAGAAACCUUUGAGAAACGUGGCGAGGAUGCCGCAAACUAAAUCCUUGGAGGACACCACAGCGAAUAGGAGAUCGCAGUUUUCGCAGCACUAUAAAGGAUCGUCUUCAUCUUCUUCUUCGUCGAUGGGAUUCAGGAGCUUGGAUAGCAAUUUCAACAGGCCGGGGAUUAUUAUGCCGAGGUUGUCUGAGAAUACCGAUUCGUCAGUGGAUCAAUAUCAGGAUGCCGACGAAGAGGACAAUAAUAGUUCUUCCAUCAAUAUGAGUAUGAUGCCGAUAUUGUCUCUUGGUGUUAAAAACAAUGCGCAACCCCGAGAGAAAGACAAAAUCUCCCCGUCCGGCCGUUCCUCGAGCCGCUCCAUCCACCACCGGUCGCAACUUCGGCGAUCUCCGGCCGGUUCCGAUAGCAACAAGAACCACAGCUCCUCGUCGUCGAGCAGCAACGAGUUCCUGUCGAAGAGCCCGCCGAGGCCGAGCCCAGCGCAACAGCAGGUGAGGAGGAGCGCCCCCUCGCGGGGGUACCAGCCGUCGCGGUCGCAGGAGAUGGAGGAGGCUGCCGUGCAGAGGGUCAGGAGGUCCCGCAGCCUCCAGCUCCCCGAGAAGAAGCCCCCGCCCCACGGCAGAGAGCCCCCGCCCCCACCGCCCAGGGCCGCUCCGCAGCAGCUCAGGGCGUCCCCGGACGCCCUCAGGGCCGCCAAGAUGGGCAGCGCGGCAGCGAAGAGGCUCGCCCAGGGCAAGCCGCCCUCCUCCGAGACGGAGGGGCUCGACGAGGACAUGAUGCGGGAGGCGGAGGUGGUGGCGGGGUUUCUGUACGGGAACAGGUCGCGGGCGGCGGCGCAAGCGCUGCUCAUGCACAGAUAUAACAAUAACAGCAUCAGCAAAGAAGAAAAGAAUAAAGAAAUCAACAAACCAAUCAAUAACGGUCUCACAGUCUACUAUGUGGGCAAUCCGAAAAAAGAUCCUCAAAAGGUGUUGGUUAGAGGAGCAACCAGUCCCAGUUUACCGAGUAGCAAACAGAGCUUCGAGAGACAGGAUAUAAAGAACCCCUGCACCAGUGAUACUUGCGAUUUCUGGCCCCAUUGUGCCCAUAGUGUCUACAUAGAAUUACUUGAGGACUAUAAUGCAAAUUCUGACACUGAGAGUAACAUAGUAACAAUCAGAAUCAAAUUAACCCUUUACAAAUUGGUUAACCAAAUUCCCUGGAGAACAAAUCCAAUUCGCUUAUUCCUACAGCGUCAAUCUUAUCCAAAUAACUUCAUUUCACUAGAUUAUUGCUGA